UUUUUUUUUUUUUCCUUUGUGCUUGUUUCUCUAUUUUUUUUUUCUUGUGUAAGUUCCAGCAUUCAUCAACAUACGCUUUAUUUAUUUAUUUUUUUGCUACAGAUCCUCUGAUUUUUAGGUAAUAUUUGCAUCCUUUGUAAACACGUCUUUCAUUUGCAUCCAUGUGGUUUCUUAAGCAUUUUGUUAGGAAAAGAAAAAAUCUCAUUUUUAAAUAUUAUAUAGUUUUGGUGCCUUGACUUUGUUUCUUUUUUGGCGUAUGAGCAUAUUGACUUUGUUUCCCUUUGUGGCGUAUGAGUAUAUUGCCAGAAAAAAAAAUUGUAUAGAUGGAUGAGUUUCAAGAUUGUGAUAUGUCAAGGUUAAUUGCUUUUAGUCUUUUCGUUUUUGUUGAAAAUAAAUAAUUUAUCAAGUUAAAAGUAUGAAUUACUUUUUUCUGCACGAAAUGGUUAUAGCUAAUCUUUUUCUGCGUGAAAUGAUACUGUUACGUACUUACUUUUUAGGGAAUUUGUGUUGUAGCUAAUAGUAUUUUUAUUUUCUUUCACGUAAGAAAAAUUUUCUUGGUUGGGAUAUGGACUCGUCUGAGAAAGAGGGAAGUGGGGCAACGGGCUCUCUUCCCCCUCCCCCGCCUCUGCCCCCCAAUGUGGUACCAAUCAAAGCAGAAUCUGAGCCUGCAAAGGAGGUUUCACGUGUCCCAAUGGCCGGGAAAGCUUCGCAGUUGGGGACUUUCCUGAAGUUUGAUGAGGCUCCUGAGACAUCCUCAAGCCGUAGUGGGGCGACUGCUCCUGAGACAUCCUCAAGCCGUGGUGGGGUGACUGCUCCUGGAGCCACACCUGUUCGGCAGCUGCCGUGGUUGAACAGGACUGUCGCCGAUUCUAUGUUCUUCUGCUGAGACCUUCGGACCAUGCUUUCUAUAGGCUUUUGGUUUUACCACCAACUGAUCUGAAACUCUUUUUAAGUAUAUUUAAACUUUAGAGGUAGGGCUAUCCCAGACUUGUUCUGAUGAUGAUGUGCUGUUCUCUGAAUCAUCAUCCAUUUUGGUUAUAAACUUUUUGGAUGCUUGGCCCCCACCGUAUCUAAAGAUAUGAAUGCUUGACUGGGUAAUUCACAGUGGCUUUUUCCUGUUUGGUUUAGAGAAGUGGUUAUACUACUGCCCUUUACUCUGUUCUCUUAUUUACCGUUAGGCUUGGGUAUCAGUUAACCAGUUAGAUGUGGCUUCUGAGUAACUACUUUUGUUGGUUUCUGAUGCUUAGAAAACUAUACCAUUUCGUUAUUACUUCCCUAUUAGAUAAUGUAAUGCUUUUCCAAGUCGCUGGUAAAUCAAAAUUGGAAUUGGCCCAAUUAACCGAAUUAGAAGCCUUUGCGCAAUUUGCUUCUGAUCUCGAUAAAGCUACUCAGAAUCGAUUGGCAAGAGGUCAACGAUUACGUGAGUUGCGAGAAUGAGUUAUAUUUCUAGCUUAUUUAACUUUUCAGGAAAGAGUUUGUUCGUUUUGGGUAUAUAUACUACUGCCCUUUACUCUGUUCUCUUGUUUACUGUUAGGCUUGGUUAUCAGUUACUUAACCAGUUAGAUGUGGCUUCUGAGUAACUACUUUUGUUGGUUUCUGAUGCUUAGAAAACUAUACCAUUUCGUUAUUACUUCUCUAUUAUAUAAUGUAAUGCUUUUCUGUGGCAAGAAUGAGUUAUAUUU